AUGCCUAUCUCGCACUUCUCAAUUGUCCUCACAGCCAACAACUCGACUAGCAACACAGAUCUAAUGAAAGAUUUGCAACUCCAUGCUUCAUCAUCGUCAGCAUUCUGUUCAUCGCCACAGCUCAAACGAGUUGGGUGGAGCUCUACAAGGGUGCAGACUACAAGCACAGGCUUUCAAGGCGACCAGUGCUACAGCUUCGCACGCAAGAAGCUGAAUGACGCCGUCACGUCUGCCAAGUGGGGCGGACUGACUGAGAAGAUGGUCGACGGCGGCGACGCAAUGAUCGCGUUCUACACGGACCGAGACUGCCUGGAGCGCAACGUCUGGUGGCGGUCUAAGACGCAGAGCGACGACAACCUCUAUUUCCCCUCGAACUUCCGGCUGGAUGGGAUCAACGACGAGGUUUCGUCCUUCAUGGUCUGGCACAAAAGUACGAAGAAGGUUGGGAACGGCAGGCGGGAUAUCUGUGCGACCGAGUCCGGUGAAAUCGUUGCUGCGACUAUCAACAACAGCGCAUCUGGAAGCGGAAGUGGCGCUUUUGACAAUGGCACAAUCGCUGCUUUGGCUUAG